AUGUUCACGCGUCUCCAACUCUUCGCGGCUGGUACGUUUGCUGCAUUGUACCACGGUGAACAAGUCUGCGAUGGCCCUUAUGUACUUUGCGCCGCUGCUCCAUGCACAUACCUUCCUGGCAACUCGUCAUUCGCAACCUGCACGUGCGUUGGACCUUACACCGGACUGAAUCUCGGCACGUCGAACGAUACUUGCAAAUCCCGUACCGAGAGCCUGAUUUCAACUUUCUCGCUCCGAAAUCCCUAUGCUCCGCCUUCCCAGUAUGAGACAGGGAGUGGAAACUCUGUCGACUCGGGGAGCAACGGCUGGGGUGGUUAUGGAGGUGGUGGAUGGAACAAAGGGCAUGGGGGUGGAGGAGGUAUUCCACCUGUCUACGCCAUUCCAUGCGUCGGAUCGAACGCCGCGCCAUGGACUGACUGCAACGGUGCCCCAUGUACUGUCGGCAGAAAUGGAGCUGUCACCUGCACCUGCCCAGUUCAACCCGCGAGCGACAACUUCUACUACGGCAGCGAAUGCCCCAAGAGCGACGAUGGUCUCACAGGGCUUUGCAAGCAGUUGAGAUCCACGGCGGAUGCCCCUUCGUUUGCCACACGGGAGAAUAUGCCAAGCAUCAUCGAAGCAGCCACCCUCGGACCAUUCUAUGGCGAUCAGAACCAGAUCUCGAGUUGCCUAUAG